AUGUUUCCCACACUGAGCCCGGGCCAGGAUAUGUUCUCAAGCGUCUUCCACUGCAUUGUUCGCCGUGCCUCAAUGUGAGGGGGCAGGUAUAUAUGUACAUGGGUUGUGGAGUAUGCUGUGCCAUGUACACUAUUCUGAUAUGAUAUGAUAUGAUCUGAUAUGGCCAUUUGAUAUGUUAUGCUAUGUUACGGGGUCAUUCCCCUUUUCUGAUCCUUAUGUGUUGUGGCACCAGCGUCGGGGGGUGGCCACGUUCUGUCUUCCGAGUCCCUUGGCACGGGUCGGAUAUGAUAUGGCAUAUGUUUCUGUACACACUCCUCAUGUUUUGAAAAUAUGCAUUUGAUACUCUGGACAUCACACUCACUUUUCUGUACGUUCUGUUUCGGUUAUGAUUUUGUUCCGUAAUGGGACCAGGUAUGACCUAUGUUUUCUGCAAAUACUAUUUAUGCUUUAUGAUCAGUAUUUUGCUACUCUGGCUAUUCCGUUCAUCUUCUGUAUCUUCUGCUUCGAUUAUGACUUGUUUACUACGUUUUGUGCUUUACAUACUCAGUACAUACUUCGUACUGACCCCCUUUCUUCGGGGGCUGCGUUUUCAUGCCGCGCAGGUACUAACGACAGAUUUGCUGACCCGCCUGUCUAGGACAUCUAUUCUGCUAUUCUGGAGCGCUCUUUUGUCCAGAGCCUAUACCUUGGAGCUUUCCACUUCUAAAGUCCAUUUGUGUAAAGCCAUUGUCAAUAUGCAGAACGACGAGGGACAAAACAUGGACCUUUACAUCCCCAGGAAGUGCUCUGCCACUAAUAGGCUGAUCACUUCCAAGGAUCAUGCAUCUGUCCAGCUUAACGUUGGGCAUUUGGAUGAGUUUGGCCGAUACACUGGCCAGUUCACCACUUAUGCUCUCUGUGGAUUUAUCAGUGCCCAGGGAGACGCCGAUAGUGCUCUUGAUAGGCUGUGGCAGAAGAAGAAAGCUGAAGUUGGACAACGAUGAGAGUUUUCUGUCCGCUGUUACCAUUCUAAAAAAAUGAGUGUCUUCUAUAUUAUUUUUGUAUUACCAGCAGUUCUUUGUUGGUUUUAGUGGCUUGUUCUGUUUUAUGGUUAAAGUUCAUUAUCAGACAAAUGGAACUUGCUUUUUAGUAUUUUAGUACAGUAACUCGAUUUUCUACUGUUAAAGGAAUAUUUUGGAGAUUGGGAACAAUAUGUGAGCUGUUUUAAUCAUUUAGCUUUGCUUCAUGAGCCAUUUCUUUCAGUUGCUAUUUACUUGGCAACAAACUUGUGUUCUCUGGAACUGGCUC